AUGGUAACCGGCGACAAGACUGCAUUUUACCAAUGUGGCUUUGCAGGGGUGCAAAACACACUGUUGGAUGAUGGAGGCAGGCAUUACUUCAAGCGUUGCAGCAUACAGGGUGCUGUUGAUUUCAUCUUUGUAAGUGGCCAAUCUAUUUAUGAGGAUUGCUCUAUACAAGCACUUGGAGGGUUUAUUCCAGCACAAGGAAGAACGAAUCCAAAUGAUGCAAAUGGGAACCAUAUAACAUUUGCCGAGUAUGGCAACUUCGGUCCAGGAGCUGACACUUCAAAAAGGGUUAGCUGGGCAAAGAAGCUGAGCAUUCAGAGCUUGGAAGAAUUAACCAGCAAGUCUUUCAUUAAUAGCGAUAACUAG